GGACACCAAACGCAGUAUGAAUCCUCCAUUAUAGUGCGUUUCCACGAUGGAGAACAUACCGAGGACUCACGAAGAUAUCGAGGCGCAAAUAAGAGAAAUUCAGUCGAAAAAGAAGGAGAUUUUGAACACAGUUUCUGAAAAGGACCAAGUCGGCCUGGGGAAGACUGGUUUCUAUGACCAAGACAUUUAUGAUGGCAGUAACAACAAAUAUGACGGCUAUGUCACUUCAAUCGCAGCAAAUGAUGAAAUCGAGGAUUACGAUCCGUUUGCGGACAGACGAAUACCCACCCUAGCUGACAGAGAGGAAGAGAAAGACUAUGAUCCGUUUGCGGACAGACGACGGCCAAUGAUAGCUGACAGAGAAGAUGAAUACAGGCAAAAAAGGCGGAGAAUGAUUAUUUCCCCUGAACGUGUUGAUCCCUUCGCAGAAGGUGGUAAAACUCCCGAUGUUGGCUCCAGGACAUACACCGAAAUCAUGCGCGAACAAAUGCUCAAAGGCGAAGAAACAGAGUUGAGGAAAAGAUUAGCGGAAAAAGCUAAAGACGGCACCCUGAAGGCUAAUGGUGAACCUAAACUAAUACUGAGAAAAAGGGGACGUUGGGAUCAGACGGACGAUACUCCGGUGCAGAAGAAGCUGUCUGGUACUGCGGCAACGCCAACUUCAUGGGAUAAUGCAGAUGUAACACCAGCUGCUAUUAGAUGGGAUGAAACUCCAGGCCAUGGCAAAGGAGCGGAAACCCCUGGAGCGACUCCUGGAGUCAGUACGAGAAUGUGGGAUGCCACACCAGCGCACGCGACACCGGGAGCUGCGACCCCUGGCAGAGAAACACCCUCGCACGAGAAAAUUGUGUCAAGCCGGCGGAAUCGUUGGGAUGAAACUCCAAAAACUGAACGAGGUUGA